AAUAGUUGCGAAGUGCUUGUUGAGGAAAGUAACUGGAGCGAUUUUUUUUUUGCAAUUUUAUAUCUGCAUCUAUUCGUCUGUUGCACGCGUCAAGCUCAAAUGCAUUGGUUCCCUUCUGGGGGAAGCCUGCAUAGGACUCCGGAACGGGUCGGGAUCCGCUUUCGGUUUCUCCCCGUUAUUAUAGCGGGGACCUGGCAGAGUAGCAGGUGCGAAAAUCUCGGAUUCCUUCAUUUCCUGCCCGAGAAGACGCUUUUCCCUGGUUGGAGAUCGUGCAUUGCUUUUUCCAGUGCUUCUAGGAUUUAGCUGGAAGAGGAAAAGUCGGGACACAGUGCUGGAGAUUGUCGAAAAGAGAGGAAAAAUCCACCGUGGACCCUGGAGUUAACUGCUGCUCCCGCUGCCGCAACCUUCACCAUGGCCCAGGGCAGUCCGGCACCCAGUCUCAUGUCUUCUCCUCCUCCUCCUCCUCCUCCUCUGGCGAUCGGAGGCCCCAGUUCCACUAUGGUCAGUCUCAAGAGCCUCCUUCAAGGACCGGUCAAGAGUCCUGAACGUCGGGGGACCAAGGAUCUGGCCUCAUGUGUGAUCAAAGACAAGGAACGUAAGAUGGAGGACGAUCUGAGCGUCUCAAGACCUGGGCACUGUGCAUAUCUGGGGUCCCUGCUGUGGGAACGCACCUUGCCCUAUAAUGAGAUUGAGUAUGUCGACUUGGAUGAAUUUUUGCUGGAAAAUGGUUUGCCCCCAAGUCCAGCCCAUCAGUCCUAUUCCCCAGGCAGCCAACCCACCGCCUCGCCUUCGAGUGGGGUAGUGGUGGAUCUUAGUCGGCCGGCUUCUUGUGCGUCAUCGUCUUCAGCCUGUUCUUCAUCUGGUGAAGGUCUAGUUGGCAGUGAUUAUGACCAAAACUGCAGCAAGACAGGUCCUAUCACGCCAGUUUCCCGAAGCACACCCAGCCCAGUAGAUCCCGAGGCUGUGGAAGUCCUCAUGAAUUUUGACCCUGACCCUGCUGAUUUGGCAUUGUCCAGCAUUCCAGGCCACGAGACCUUUGACCCUCGCAAGCAUCGGUUCUCAGAAGAGGAGCUUAAGCCCCAGCCGAUCAUGAAAAAGGCCCGGAAAAUACAGGUUCCUGAUGAUCAGAAGGAUGAAAAAUAUUGGAACAGGCGGUACAAGAACAAUGAGGCAGCAAAACGCUCAAGAGAUGCUCGCCGCCUGAAAGAGAAUCAAAUCACUGUUCGGGCAGCUUUUUUGGAGAAGGAGAACGCAGUCCUUCGGCAAGAAGUGGCCAAUAUCCGCCAGGAACUAAGCCGCUACCGCAGCAUCCUCUCUAAAUAUGAAUCUCAGCACGGCACCUUGUAAAAUCCACAGUAGGGCGCUGUGCUCUUCUCCAAGAUCCCGCCACUGAGGUGGUAGGGCCACCCUGGUUUUUCAACCCAGACCCCCUCUCUUCCCAAACCAGGCAAACAAAUAAUCCAACAACAGAUGUUUGGAACGAGGGAAAGAUCUGCGGUGAGCACUUUCCACCUGCAGGGACUAACCAUGGUUAGCAAAAAAGGAGAGUUCUUGGGUGGGCAUGUCCCGCCCCUCACCCAGAACAGGACAGCAGCCAAGAUGUUGAGCUGGGCAUCAUAGAUACCUGGAAGACACAAGGGCUCUGUAGCAUGUUGGAAGAUGUAUUGCACACACUAACACAUACAUGUGCACGCACAUUCUCUCUACACCUGUAUCUUAGGGUUUGACUUGUAGGUGAACUCUUGAUCCAAAGGACAAUUCAACCAGAGACCAUAAUGUCUGCAAACCACUGUUCUGUGUGGCAUUUGGAUGGGACUUGGAUAUGGAUGACCCAGGAGCCCUUUAGGCAGAUCUUAGUGCCUAGGCUUGGUCACACAAAUAGUUUUUUUUUCAGCAGAUGAUUGCACAUAGUUUAACCCUUUCUCAUUUCAUCCAUCGACUGUGGGGUUACGACUAAGGGACAGGCAAGCCAGCUACAAAAGUGGACAUGACAUCCAGGUUUUCUGGACUCAUCCCUACCACUAUGACUUUACAUGGCCCUCUUGAGGAACCCUCAAAGUCUUGGACUCCCUGAAUGGAAAAAUCCUUGUUUUUGAGAUCAGUAAACAUCAAGACUCCUCUGUCUAUAGAAUGCCAAAUUAAAUCAAACGGGUUGGUCACUCAUUUUAUUUCCACACUUGGCCGAAGGGGACUUCACAUCUGAUGGCAAAGCUAGGGGUCGUUAGUUUUAAUCGUUACAGUUAUAUUAUUCUGUUUUUAGUUUUAAAAAAGGCAAGUGACUGCACCUGUUUCCCCCAGCACUGCCCAGUGUGGUAUCAUGUGUACAGAAAUGAUAAAACACAAGACCUCAUUUGUGUCCCUUCUAAAUAUGAAAUCUAUAUGAAUACAUACACACACAUAGAUAUAUAGGUAUAUAUAUAUAUAUAUAUGUAUAGUUUCAUUUCAUCUCUUUUUUGUAAAACAGACAAAAUGUGUGGUUGCUAUGUGUGUGUAUAUGUAUAUACACGCAGCCACAUUCACUCCAGGCAAGACUUAUGAGAUUAAACUAUGUUCUUCUAUUAAGGGAAGAAUGGUUCUUUCGUACAGAAAGGGAAUGCUGGACAAACGUGUAAAAUCUCUUUUGGAGAGAUUCCUAAUCUUUUUAAUUUUCCAUGUAACAGUGUUGUUAAGAACUUUUGGAGAGGGCUCGAUGGCAGUUCCACCCGCUCCCACCCUCCCAAAAGAUGUUUACAAUGA